UUUUCCGGAUGCACGCACAGCCCAUGCGAGAAAAGUAUCACUAGGAGUGUCGUCGAAGCGUCUACUUUGCCUAUCAGUGUUUUGCUUGUUCCGCGACACUAAUUUACAUUUGUAGCUAUCUUUUUUUGAAGCACAGUCCAAUCACGACCAGCCAUCGAUACGACGUACUCUCACCAUGGCGCUUGAUAGCUCGCAAGAGCCUCCGAAGGACGACAAGCUAGGAGAGCUUCUGAAAGAGCCUCCGGAGGACGACGAUCAGGAAGAGCUUCUGAAAGAGCCUCCGAAGGACGACAAGCUAGGAGAGCUUCUAAAAGAGCUUAAAGAAGUUUACGACAGGGAGGUCCGUGAGUACCAGCGAUGUUUGAAAAUAGUUGCCCAAGACCUGGGACACGUGCUGGCCCAGGAGGCCAUCCGGCACCUCCCCAUCGCCGCGCGGGUGAAGUCCUGGGACUCUAUCAGCGGCACCGCGCAGCGCCGGCAGAAAGAUAGGCUGGCCGCCCUUGAGAUCCGGAACAAGAUGCGGGAGCAGAAAGAGAAGUGGAGGCGGCACUUUAGGCUCUACAGGAUGAGCGAGGAAGAUGUCGGACACUUUGGAAGCCGGGAGGAGCUCGCGCGCGCUUUUCACGACAUGCUUGGCGCGCGGAUCGUACUUUACUUCCCCAGCGACAAAAAAAAGACGGUGGAACUCCUGGAGGGCGCAGGCUACGUGAACGCCAAGGACGCGAAGAAAAUGGGCGGCCUGGCGGAUCCCAAGCGGCUGCGGAAGCUCCAUGAACGUUGGUCCGAUAAGUUGGCGGCCGGUGCCCGCCCCGCCGACGAUCUCGACCUGGACGACUCCGAGAAGCAGUUUUCGGGGUACGGCGCCUUACACCUAACCGUGAAGGUGCCCGAACGGCUGCGGCCGCGGGACCUGGCACCGCAAGCGGAAGCUAUCUGGGCGGAGCGCGUGGUAGAGAUCCAGGCCGGCACCGUUAUCAUGCACGCCUGGGCCGAAAUCGAGCACGAUAUCACCUACAAGACGCACGGGCGCCAGGUGUCUCAGGACGAGAAGGGCAUGCUGGAUAUGCUUAACGGGCUCGCCCUUGCCAGCGAGGUGGGCAUGCGGCGCUUCCAGUCGCCGCCUGUGUCGGAGUCGCCAGCCACCGAGUCAGAGGAGGAGGUGCGCGGCUGGCUGCACCAGCUUUACAUCAAGAACAGGUGCAGUACGCCGAACGAGUGGGUUGACGUGGAUCUCCUCCGGGACUUCCUGGUUAAGAACAACCAAAACCGGCGAAACGAAUUCUUGCCUCUCGCGGAGAGAGCCUGGUCAAUGCUGGGGGGGCAUGAAGGCAGGAUAGGCCUCCAGUUAGACCACUUCCUCCCCCACGUCAUCAUGGACGGCGGACAAGUGUCUGACGCCACGAUUAAGAAGGCCUGCCGCCGCGUCGGCCUGUUGCAGGCUGCGUACGACGGGCAGGAGGCAGUCGUUAGGCUGUUGCUGGAGAAGGAAGUCAACAAAGACUCGAAGGGGGUUGAUGAGGAGUCGAAAGGGGUUGAUGAACAGUCGAAAGGAGUUGAUAAAGAGUCGAAAGAAGUUGAUAAAGAGUCGAAGGACUGCGACGGCGACACGCCGCUAUCGCUGGCCGCGAUCAGGGGGCACGAGGCGGUUGUCAGGCUGCUGCUCGAAAAUGGUGCAGACAGGGAAGCGAGAAACAGGAACGGCAGCACGCCGCUGCUGUGGGCCGCCGCAAGGGGACACGAAGCGGUCGUCAAGCUCCUGCUCAGAAAUGGCGCCAACUGGGAGGCAAAGGACAACUGCGGUAGCACAGCGCUGUCGUGGGCGGUGAGGCAGGGCCACGAGGCGGUCGAGCUGCUGCUGCGCGACAAGGCCGCUGCUGAGCACACGCCGACAGAUGACGAUCUCAACCCGACGCCGCCGUCGUCGGCCGCCAAAGACGAGCCGGAUUCCGGCGCGGGGCUACUGCCCGACAAGGGCACGCGAAUCAAACCAGCCGGCGCGGAUAGCAUGCGGCCGCCAUCGCCAGCCGCCGCUGUGGGCGGCUCCCUUAUCGGAAGCUCGGGACCGUCACGGCUAUCCGCUGAAAAGCGCCAGGCUGUCGUGCGUCUAGUGCUCGAAAAAGGCGCAGACACAGAGUCGGCAGGCAGGUCCGAAAAGACGCCGCUGCUACUCGCCGCCGAGGAGGGGGAUGAGGCCGCCGUUGAGCGGCUGCUUAAUGAAGGCGACAUCGACGUCGAUUCGAAAAACCAAUACGGCUCUACCCCGCUGUCGCGGGCUGCAGGAAACGGGCACGAAGGCGUCGUUAAACUGCUGCUUGAUGCAGGUAACGCCGAUGUCGAAUCGAAAAACCGGCACGGGUUUACGCCGUUGGCACGGGCUGCUUAUAACGGGCACGAAGCCGUUGUUAAGCUGCUGCUCGAUACAGGCAAGGUCGACGUCGAUUCGAAAAACCAGGAAGGGGGGACGCCGCUAUCGUGGGCUGCAGAACAGGGGCACGAAGCUGUCGUUAAACUGCUGCUUGAAACAGGCAAGGCCGACGUCAACCCGAAAAACAAAUACGGGUUUACGCCGCUAUCGCGGGCUUCAGCAGACGGGCACGAUGCCGUUGUUCAACUGCUGAUCAAUGAAGACAAAAUCGACGUCGAUUUGAAGGGCCCAGACGGGGGGACGCCGCUAUCGUGGGCUGCGGAGAUGGGGCACGAAACCAUCGUCGAACUGCUGCUCAAUACAGGCAAGGUCGACGUCGAUUCAAAAAACCGAUACGGGUUUACGCCGUUAUCGAGGGCUGCAGGAAACGGGCACGAGACCGUCGUGAAGCGGCUGCUUGGUACAGCCGAGGCCGAGCGGACAGCGGCCACGGGAGCGGAGGACACAUUCGGGAUCAAUGGGUACCGUGGAAAUGCCGUUUGGGUGUCAGGUCUACUUGGAACUUCCUAUCCCGACUCUUGCGAAUUGGGUUCUGGCGUGCAAUCGUUGGUUGGAUGUUCGAAGGCGGGACCGGGGGACAGGCCAUCGCGAGGCAACCACCGCUGCUUGUUUGAGAAUUGGACGAGAUUGAAGCCUGUAAGGGUAUCACGUAGUAGUGCCGUUACGUAUUUACGCACGUGCCAGUCCCGACGAGCAGCCGCCAUGGUAGCUUAGACGCGCCCACGACGGCGGCUGGGCGAUGGCCGCGUUGCGCCGGCUCGAGAAGGCUAGGUACA